UUCUCAUGCCUCAAUUUACCUGUCUUCACUAGUUCACAAAAAACCUCUACAAGAAGUAGAAAUUGCUGCAAUUACCCAUGGUGCUUUGCAAGGGUUGGCUUAUCUUCAUUCCCACAACAUGAUUCACAGAGACAUAAAGGCAGGAAAUGUCUUAUUGACAGAGCUUGGACAGGUCAAACUGGCAGAUUUUGGUUCUGCGUCUAUAGCCUGUCCUGCAAACUCUUUUGUUGGAACACCUUAUUGGAUGGCUCCAGAGGUCAUUUUAGCAAUGGAUGAGGGACAGUAUGAUGGUAAAGUGGACAUCUGGUCUUUAGGAAUAACCUGCAUAGAAUUGGCGGAAAGAAAACCUCCUUUGUUCAAUAUGAAUGCGAUGAGUGCCUUAUACCAUAUUGCACAGAAUGAAAGUCCAACACUCCAAUCAAGUGAAUGGACGGAUUAUUUCAGAAACUUUGUAGAUUCUUGCCUUCAAAAAUUCCCACAAGAUAGACCCAACUCUGAAGAGCUCUUAAAGCAUGCAUUUGUUCAGCGAGAAAGACCCGAAUCUGUUUUAGUGGACCUAAUAAAUCGAACCAAGGAUGCAGUGAGAGAAUUAGACAAUCUGCAAUAUCGCAAAAUGAAAAAAAUCUUGUUUCAGGAAGCCCACAAUGGCCCAGCAACUGAUGUACAAGAUGAAGAGGAGGAGCCAGAGACUAUGGUUAGCCGCACUGGCACCGUGAACAGUGUCGGGAGCAAUCAGUCUAUUCCCAGUAUGUCAAUAAGUGCCAGCUCCCAGAGCAGCUCUGUCAACAGUCUGACAGACGCCGGUGAUGACAAGAGUGAGCUGGAAAUCGAGGCUGGGCACACAGUUAUGUCCACUAAUUCAGUCAUCCACCUCACACAGAAUGAAGAACCAGUUAGUGAAAAAGCCGAGCCUCAGACUCGACCAACGGAGCCACAGCCCCCACCUGCACAAACUCAAAGACCAAAGAGAAACCGAGAACACUUUGCCACUAUACGCACUGUAUCAGCUCUUACACGCCAAAUAAAAGAGCAUGAGCAAAAUUCCGAGCUAAGGGAGCAAAUCAUGGGUUACAAACGUAUGAGACGGCAGCAUCAGAAACAGCUAAUGGCUCUAGAAAACAAGCUAAAAGCUGAGAUGGAUGAGCACAGACUACGUCUCGACAAGGAACUGGAGAACCAGAGGAACAGCUUUGCUCAGGAGAUGGAAAAACUAAUCAAGAAACACCAGGCAUCCAUGGAGAAAGAUGCAAAAACCUUUAGCAAUGAUGAGAAGAAGUUUCAACAGCACAUUCAGAACCAGCAGAAGAAAGAACUAAAUAGCUUUUUGGAAUCCCAAAAACGGGAAUAUAAGCUACGCAAAGAACAACUUAAGGAAGAACUGAAUGAAAACCAAUCAACACCAAAGAAAGAAAAACAAGAUUGGCUGUCCAAGCAAAAAGAGAAUUUCCAACAUUUCCAGGCAGAAGAAGAGGCUAAUUUACAGCGGAGACAGAGGCAGUACUUGGAACUGGAGUGUCGUAGGUUCAAGCGGAGAAUCUUAAUUGCCCGCCACAACAUUGAACAAGAUUUAGUGCGCGAAGAGCUAAACAAGAGACAGACACAAAAAGAUUUGGAACAUGCUAUGCUUCUUCGGCAUCAUGAAUCCAUGCAAGAACUGGAGUUUCGUCAACUCGGUACCAUCCAAAAGACCAGAGCUGACCUCACUCGCAUGCAACAUCAGACUGAGCUCACUAAUCAGCAGGAGUACAACAAAAGGAGAGAGAGGGAACUUAGACGGAAACACGCCAUGGAAGUGCGGCAGCAGCCCAAGAGCCUUAAGUCCAAAGAGUUGCAGAUCAAGAAACAAUUUCAGGACACCUGUAAAAUCCAGACGAGACAGUAUAAAGCUUUGAUCAAUCAUCUGCUGGAGACCACACCAAAGUCUGAGCACAAAGCUGUCCUCAAGCGUCUUAAACAAGAACAACAUCGCAAGCUGGCCAUCCUGGCUGAGCAGUACGAUCACUCAAUCAAUGAGAUGCUUUCAACUCAAGCACUUCGUCUGGAUGAGACUCAGGAGGCUCAGUGCCAAGCUUUAAGAAUGCAGCUGCAGCAGGAGCUGGAGCUGCUCAAUGCCUACCAGAGCAAAAUUAAGAUGCAGACGGAUUCUCAGCACGAACGAGAGAAGAAGGACUUAGAGCAGAGAGUGUCCCUGCGCAGAGCGCUGCUGGAGCAGAAGAUUGAAGAAGAGAUGUUGUCCCUAAGAAAUGAGCGCUUGGAACGAAUUCGGAGUCUUCUUGAGCGCCAAGCCCGUGAAGUCGAAGCUUUUGACUCUGAGAGUAUGCGCCUUGGCUUCAGCAACAUGGUGCUCGCUAACAUCUCCCCAGAAGCCCUCAGCAAUAGCUUUCCCGGAGCUCCAGGGAACUGGAGCCAUCAGCACCAACAUUCAUCUGGGAGUUCUCAUGGACAACACUGGGGAAGUGGCGGUUCAGGCCGCUCAGUCAGCCAAUACCACUACCACUCCAGUCCAGGAGGGGCACCGGGACAGCAGGCAUGGGGGCAGAGCAUGCAGGGUUCUGGGGGGCAGCAUCCAUGGGGACACUCAUCUGCUUCUCUGGUCUCUCGUAGCAGUGGGGCAGUACAAAACAGUCCCCAAGGAAUGGGCAGGACACCUUCAGGAGGACGCAGUGACCCAGCCAUGAGCCGGAGUACCAGUGUAGCCUCUCAGAUCUCAAAUGGCUCACAUCUUUCAUACACUUAGAUCCAUAGUUUUCUGACUUAGUCUGAGGAUGGAAAUGUGGGCUUUGGUAGACACAGCAGGCCAGAGACAUGACUGUCCUGCAGCUCUGCACUCAAUUCUCUCUGUGCAAAUGUGGAUGUACAAGGAAAUACAUGUUGCUCAGGUUCAAAGGGCUUUAUAAGGCAGAUGAUUGGCACUCAUUAAAAUUAUUUCAUUGUUGGACACAGAGUAUUUACAGAGUACUCCCAUUUCAACCGAUUUCUACCCACAGCCAUCACUUUGCACACUGUUUACGUUAGGUAUGCACAAUCUCGGAUUUAACAUCAUUUAAAGUCCUUUCUCUUAAAAUGCCUAUUCUGGUUCAUUAUCAUUCAUACACUGGCUGAUUUUCUGUUGUUGGUCUGAGCACGCCACUUCUUAAUUGCUUUGCUGCCAUUAUACAAGCCUGCUGUAAUGGUCUAUGGGUUAAUUUAAUAUCUAUUUAGUAACUUGACUUGCAAUAUGUGUUUUAUACACUACUACUGUGCCUUUUACACCUUUUUGUUUAGGUCAAUUUUAUUAUUGUUUUUAAUCCAUCUUAUUGAGAGACAUGCAAAUGAAUGUUCGCACACAGAUUUUAUUGUUUUUAACACAUCUUUAGCAGCCCAGCGUACAACAAUGAUCAAUUUAAAUAGAUCUGUCAAGUAUAUUGUCUUAAUAUCUUGUGGGGAAAUGUAUUCUUCAUACUAACUAUAUUGUAUAUAUGCCUUUUGGAUUAGUGGUACUGGAAGGUUACACCACAAACCCUUUCAUUUUUCAAAGGUCUGCGGUUUGUUUGCCUUUUGUCACAUUUGUAAUUAAUAUAAUUUAAUUGGUGCCUUUAAAACUGCUGCCUAUUUCCCAGCACUUUACACAGCGCUUUAUUUCUAGAGUAAAUGUUCAGAUUGAUGCUUUGAUAGUAUGUGUUUAGUAAAGACAACUUUUUAUGCAGUGUGCUAGUAUGAUUCUGACCCAUACAACAGUUCCCAAAUGCAGGAAGGGACUAUGAGAAAUAUGAGACCUUCUCGUUGUAUGUUAGAAUUUCACAAAUACUAUUAUAUGCUUAAGUUAGGCUAAAAAUAUUGUCCUGACCAUAACAGCAGGCUUGGCACUACUAAUACUUAAUAAGCUACAAAGCUAAAGGCCCAGCUAAGCAACACUAAUGGUAUAAAGGUGCUUGGUCACACAUGCUUCUGAUGCCACAACAUGAGUGACUGAACUAUAAGCACAUGCUCUACUAACACUAUAGUAGCAGAUGUUCUUUUACACACUGUAAAAAUGGCCAAAUACAAUUGAAUAAAUGUGGCAAAGCACUUAGUUACUUUGAGUGCCCUCAUUUGCUCACAGCUUGUAUUUUCAUGUUGAUUUAAGCAUAUUAAUCAGAAAUGAAAGAUUAUCCUUCAAGUUUAAUUUAGUUUUAUGUUUAUAUGUGUAUAUUUUAUUCAAGCAUUCAGUGACUAAAACAUGUUUUUGAAAAUAAUUUCUAAGAUUAACUAUUUAACUGUCAGAUCACACUAUUAGUUACUCUCAAGUUUAAAAAAAGUUCUUAUUUUCCAGAAAUGCCUUUUUAUAAAGUAUUUUUUGGUUUUGUUUCAUCUAUUGUGUAUAUUUUUCCUCCAUUUUCAUCGUUCUUUCCUUUCACACUUCAGUCGCUGGGUCAUUAUAUGUAUUGCUGUUGUGCUCUUCCUUGGAUCUAAAAAGCAUACAAACAGCAUUUAACUUUUGUUUGGUACAACGUUCUCCUUGUCAUGUUUCCUUUUUUUGAAAUGAUACUGCGCAAAAAGGCAAGUGUAUUUAUAUUUGCCUCCCUGCGUAUAUCAGCAGCCAAGAGUUUGAAUGUUAGGCCAUACAAACCUCAUCAGACAUGCCAACCAAGACUUCUUAUGCACAACAUCUGUUCACUGUUUGAAUGUUUUGUGUGAGAGAUGUAUCCAUGCUUAUUCAACAAUUAUUAUAUGUUAUACUUUGAUGUCAAAUUGUGUCCUACUGACUGAAUAAGUGCAAGAUUCUGAAUGAGACUGGGUAAAAAUUGGCAUUUGUCAAACACUGUGCCAUACUGAUGUCUAAAACCAUGGCAGCCCUUUACAGUCUUUGCUUCGAUCUCUUUGCGAAAAAAAGCAGAUUGAAAUGUGAGUGUGUGGCACCAAAAGGCCUAAAGGAUUUUGUGACAGACAGCUUAUGAAAAGAGAUUGCAUUUCUUUGAACAUGACAGUAUUCUUUGGGCACAUUACCACUACAACUCAUAACUUGUAUUAAAGUGUAUAGAUGGUGGAACAUGCUAUUGAAUGUCAGAGAUUAUGCUACAUAAAAGAUGGUAAAGUACUAAAUGUGGGUUAAAACGUGUAAAAAUUAUAAAACAAUAAAUAGAUCAAAUUCUU